AUGUUCCGUGGUGGUCGCGGCGGCGGUCGCGGCGGCGGCUUUAGUGGCCGUGGUGGCCGUGGUGGUAUGGCGAAUGUGGGUCCGCCUGCUAGCAUUAUCCCGUUUGGCAAGUUUGUGCAUGCUGUGGAAGGCGAAAUGUUCUGCUCAGGUACCGACCCUAAGCAUGUGCCAUACUUCAAUGCUCCGAUCUUUUUGGAAAACAAAACACAGAUUGGUAAGGUCGAUGAGAUUCUUGGGCCUAUCAAUGAGGUCUACUUUACUGUGAAGACGGAGCCUGGUGUGGUGGCUACCUCCUUCAAGGCUGAGGAUUCGGUCUUCAUUGCGUCGGACCGUAUGUUGCCGAUCGAGCGUUUCCUGCCCAAGCCCAAGUCGGUAAUCAAAGGUCCCAAAAAGCGCCCUGCUGGUCGCGGAGGUCCCGGUGGUGCACGGGGCGGCCCCGGCGGUCGCGGCGGUCGCGGCGGCUUUGGUGGUCGUGGCGGUGCUCGUGGCGGCGGCUUCGGUGGCCGCGGUGGUGCGCGUGGCGGCGGCCGUGGCGGCGGUUUCGGCGGCCGUGGUGCUCCUCGCGGUGGUCGCGGCGGCUUCCGUGGCGGUCGCUAA